AUGGCGAAGGGAUCCUCAAUACUUGAGCUGCACCACAUAAGACCCUCUUCAGGACGAGGAGGAAACAUAGGUAGAACAUACCUGGAUACAGAUAUCCUCAAAAUGUCAAAUCUACCAAGGAAGCUCAACAAAAUCAAUGAACGCGUAGCCGUAAGAGUUAGGUCGAUGAGUUAUCCUGAGAGAGCUCGGAUAAUGCUGUCGUCUGCUGUAAAGGUUGAAGAGAAGAAGAUGAAGAUUGCAAGCAAAUUGAAUGUGUUUUCUGCUUUUGACAAGACCCCACAUCCUGUCGAACGUAAACGGAGUUUUGGCUCUCAAGGCCUUAGCGGCGUCCUGGAUAAGCGCGAAAAUUUCAAAAUUGGAGGAUAUAAGAGGAAACUGCAUGACGCUAACAAUCACGAGUCUAACAAGAUGUUUGGGAUUAUUGUCAAAACAUUCGACGCUUUUUGUAAUUUAAUACGUCGUUAUCAUUGUUUUGGGAGUCACCAUGAUGUUAGUGAUCAUUUUCUGGAGCAAGGAAUAGGAGUGUACCGAAAUACCGUAAUCUGUGCUGAUUGGGAAUGUAAUUUCGAACGACCGGAACAUUGGAAGCCAAAAACCAGCACUCCACUACUGUGCGUGACUGUGGAUUAG